AUGAGCUCAACUAGAGGGCAUCAUUCAGAACAAAGUGACUCUCCCGUUGCUGUUUUGAACUACAUAAGCCAGAUUCUUAUGGAAGAAGGCCUGGAGGGUGCGACCUGCAGGUUCCCUGAUGCUGCUCUUCAAGCUGCUGAAAAACCCUUUUAUGAUGUACUCGGUGAGAAAUAUCCAUCCUUAAUCAAUCAAAUCCCUUCCCAUCAAAAUAGAGUGAGCACAGUGAACAAGUGUAAUUGCUUUUGCAAUUAUUAUGGUUGCAAGAGCAUUGUCCAUGCUAACAAAGCUAUUGAAUCCAGCUUGAUUUGUGAUCUUUCUCAGCAGAAGUCCUCUUGUGUUAUAGCUUCUCCGGCUGAAUUCCCCUUCCAGUCCAACUUCCAAUCCAACUCCCUGUCCUGUUUGCAGUCAAUCAGCCUUCCAAGCAACUUUGGAAAUAACAUUAAUGGCUCGGCCCCUCCUCUAUGUACACCCCUAGCUCCAGGUUCGAUUAGGGGGAGCCAAUUGUUUCUGCAACCUAAAGAUGUGAUAAAGGAAACUUGGGGAUUUCUUCCACAUGGCCGUAAGCAUGAUUCGAUUUUAAGUUUCGAGAAUAACAGAUUAUUCCCUCUAGAGCUCAUGGAAAAAAAUCCAGAAUCAGUGGUGCAUGCAGCGGAGAAAGGUAAGAGGGAUCACUCACCAGGUGGAAUGGAAUGGAAAGAAAUGAUCACCAGUACUAUUAUCAACUCGAGUGUCGACGAGCCAAGAAGCUGGAGAAAUAAGCAUUUGGCACUAAAUAAUGAGGCACCUGAGCGAUCAGAGAUGUUUGAGAAACUACUGCUAUUUAGCAGUACUGAAGAAGAUGAGUUUGAAACCUAUACUCUUCAAGCCUUAAUGCAAAAUGGACGAGGAACGAUGUUACAUCAGGCUGGAAAACAGAAGGGAGCCAGAAAUGGCAGAACUACUGGCAAGAAAGAACGGGCGAAUAAAAGGGAUUUGGUUGACCUGAGGAGUCUUCUCAUGCACUGUGCAGAAGCAGUGGGAGGCAACGAUCUCAAGGGAGCAAAUGAACUACUAUCGCAGAUUAGACAGCAUUCUUCUCCUUCCGGUGACGGGUCCCAGAGGCUGGCCCAUUGCUUUGCUAACGCUCUUGAGGCACGCUUGGUAGGCAGUGGAAGCGAGGUAUAUGCAGCACUCGCUGCUAAAAAUAUAUCUUCUCUUUAUAUAUUCCAAGCUUUCAGGUUAUUGCUUUCAGCUUGCCCCUUCAUGAGGAUGUCCACUUUCUUUGCAACCCAAACGAUCAUGGACCUAUCACAGAAAGCAACUAAGCUCCACAUCAUUCAUUUCGGUAUUCUGUAUGGUUUCCAAUGGCCUGAACUUAUCCAGAAUCUCUCCGAAAGACCUGGUGGGCCUCCCGUGCUGCGCAUUACUGGUAUAGACUUUCCCCAACCUGGUUCCAGGCCAGCAGCAAGGAUUGAGGAAACAGGGCGUCGCUUAGCAAGUUAUUGUGAGAGGUUUAAAGUCCCUUUCGAGUACAAUGCCAUAGCACAGAAAUGGGAAACUAUCCAGUUGGAAGACCUCAAGAUUAACAGAGAUGAGGUGAUAGUCGUCAACUGUUUAUACCAGUUUAGGUACUUGCAGGAUGAGACAGUAGUGUUGAGCAGUCAUCGUGACACUGUUUUGAAGUUGAUUAAGAUGAUAAAACCAGAUGUUUUUAUCCAUGGAAUCGUUAAUGGAUCCUAUAAUGCUCCAUUUUUCACGUCACGGUUCCGGGAGGCACUGCACUACUUUUCUGCAUUAUUCGAUAUGCUUGAUGCCAAUUUACGCCGAGAAGAUCAGGACAGGAUGGUAUUUGAGCAAGAGAUAUAUGGGAAGGAGGUUUUGAACGUCAUAGCGUGUGAAGGAGAAAAGAGGGUUGAAAGGCCGGAGACAUAUAAGCAAUGGCAGGUUCGGAAUCUGAGAGCUGGGUUGAGGCAACUUCCAUUGAACCAGGAGAUCAUGAAGAAAGUGGAGACGCAAGUGAAGCUGUGUUACCACAAGGAUUUCUUAGUGGAUGAAGAUAGGCAUUGGAUGCUACAGGGAUGGAAAGGUCGAAUCCUCUGUGCUCUCUCCUGUUGGAAAACUGCCUAA